GGUCGAGUCAGCGGCAGGUGGCCGCCCCCCUGCUGCCGGCGUUGGCCCUGGUUUUGCGGCGUAGCUGGACUGCAAAGCUCGGGAGGAGCGCCACACGCGGCUGUCGCCUGACGGGGAAGGGCGUGUAAGGCCCCAAACGCACAAACAGGACUGCGGAAGUUUCUGGGUACUCAGUUUAAUAUCCAGUGAAAGGAACCCCGUUUCUGGUUCCUCAGCUCUAGUUGGGUACUACCGCAGUGUUGUGGCCCAGUCAGGUGUGCGGCCCCUGCUCCGGGGAGCCGGGAAGCUGGUCUUCCUUGAUUCCUCCCAGGGUCUGUUACUGGGUGGCCCGAAAGGAGAUGAUAGGGACGGGUGAAAGUACUUUGUUAACAGGCGACCCCCAAGUAAACUUUCUUUACCUACUGCGAGUUUUAGAGAAGAACAUCUAACUCGGCGGGGAGUGGAUCUUCUGUAAGAAUUAUCCAGAAACUUCAUACUCCAGUGUUAAUCCUUUUAAAAUUUGCCUGGUUAUAACAUGCCAUUGGCGGUACAUCAUCAUACCAAGGAUUGUGAAUUACAUGGCCUACUCUGCUAAUAGAUGAAUGGGAAACAGUGAUUUGAACUAAGUGCCAACAAAGGAUUACCUUUGUUUUUUGUGCUUUACCUCAUUCCUCACAUUUUUUUCUCUACUCUUACUGUAAAAACUGCACUUAAGUUAAAAAAAAUGAAGCAGUUGAAAAGAAAAAGGAAAAGCAAUUUUAGUGUUCAGGAAACUCAGACUCUUUUGAAAGAAAUUACAAAAAGGAAAGAAGUCAUUUUUUCCAAGCAGCUCAAUACAACAAUUAAUGUGAUGAAGAGAAUGGCGUGGGAGGAGAUUGCACAAUGUGUAAAUGCUGUCGGAGAAGGAGAACAGAGGACAGGGACAGAAGUGAAAAGAAGGUACCUUGAUUGGCGAGCACUUAUGAAGAGAAAGAGGAUGAAGGCAAACAUUCAGCUGGUUGGUUCAGGGUUUUCCCUUCCCACAUCUGACUUAGAUGACUCUCUCACCGAGGAGAUAGAUGAAAAGAUUGGAUUUCGAAAUGAUGCCAAUUUUGACUGGCAGAAUGUGGCAGAUUUUAGAGACGCAGGUGGAUCCUUAACAGAGGUCAAAGUGGAAGAAGAAGAAAGGGAUCCUCAAAGUCCUGAAUUUGAAAUUGAGGAGGAAGAAGAAAUGUUAUCAUCAGUCAUACCAGAUUCCCGAAGGGAAAAUGAACUUCCUGAUUUCCCCCACAUUGAUGAGUUUUUCACCCUUAACUCAACACCAUCUAGAUCUGCAUAUGAUGAGCCUCAUUUGCUUGUAAACAUAGAGAAACAGAAACUAGAAUUGGAGAAACGACGAUUAGAUAUUGAGGCUGAAAGACUACAGGUAGAAAAGGAACGCCUACAGAUCGAGAAAGAGAGACUUCGGCAUCUAGACAUGGAACACGAGAGGCUUCAGCUGGAAAAGGAGCGGCUUCAGAUUGAGAGAGAGAAGCUGAGGCUACAGAUAGUCAGUUCCGAGAAACCAUCAUUGGAAAAUGAACUUACUCAAGGAGAAAAGUCAUUACUUCAACCACAGGACAUAGAAACAGAGAAGUUAAAACUGGAGCGAGAACGCUUGCAACUGGAAAAAGAUCGGCUGCAGUUUCUGAAGUUUGAAUCUGAGAAGCUGCAGAUUGAAAAGGAACGCUUACAAGUAGAGAAGGAAAGACUUCGAAUUCAGAAGGAAGGACAUUUGCAGUGAUUUUGUUUUUGUGUUUGUUUUUAGGCUUCCACUUAGCAGUGUUUGUAAACUGUAGAUUUUUCUCAUAGCCAGUGAUAUAGAGAUGGUUGCUGGAUUAGUCAGUGUUUGUGUGUGUGUGGGGGGGGUUAUUUUUUUUUCUGUCUAAUGUCAGUGUUUUCAGUAGGAAAGAGUUAGUUAUAUGUGGGUGACUGUAUGCUUAGGUAGUAUAUUAUAUAAAACUCUGUGCCCUAGCAUAAACAGUAUAGGGGAAGCUUACUGUGUUGGACUCUUUAUGUUAGUAAUAUUACAUAGGGUCUUGUAUAAUCUGUGCACCCAGAGUUUACAGUUAUGUCUAUGUAAUAUUCUAGCCCAGAGGGUCUUAACCAGGGGUGGUUUGGAUCCCAGAAGAUAUUUGGCAAUGUCUGUAGACAUUUUCAGUUGUCAAAAAUUGAGGUGAGUGAGGGUGCAGGAUGCUACUGGCAUCUAGAACCAAAGAUGCUGCUAAAUAUCCUGCAAUACAGAGGAUACCCCACCCCUUCUACAUUAAAAAAUUUUUGAAUCCAAAAUGUCAUUAGUGCUGAGGUUGAGAAACCCUACUCUAGCCUAACUGUGCACCUCUAUAGCUAUAUCCUAUAGUUUUAGAAUAUUAAAACCUCAAAUAUUUAUGUGGGUAGGUAC